AUGAGAUCCAGAGCCGUGGGAGGUGAAGUGACCUAUGUGGUCAACCGGAAUAUCAAUUUCACGAAUGUUUGCGUGAAACGCUGCGGCUUUUGCGCCUUCAGCCGGACUGGUGGCAAAAGCGACGAAGGUUAUUUCCUUCCUCUUGAGGAGAUCUUGCGGCGGGCAACAGAAGCGCAGGAGCUGGGAGACGCUGGCGUUGAUAGUUUGCCAGGCACCAGUGCUGAGAUCCUCGACAAUGAAUUGCGGGCACAAGUGUCCAAAGGGCCGGAAGCGGAAGACGCUGGAGACUUUGCAACUCCGCAGCUGCCUCGAGUCCGGCCAGGGCCAACUGGGGUGGAGCUUUUGCGCACCCAUGCUGUGGCGAGACUGGUCUUCAACCCCUUUCUGAGCACUUGCUACGAGAUUGUGCGCCGCUUCCAAAACCCCGCUGUCAUCGUCGGUUCAUCGCUGUCUGAAGAGCAGGGAGAGAUGUCUCAUUCGGCUUUGGACGUGGUGGAUGCAAAGAGCUUUGGUUCUUUUCACCAACUCAUCUCCUCUCCUGACCACCGCUUUGCCUCAAAGCGAGCAAGCAAGAGGGUUACAACAAAUACAACGACUACUGGCUUGGGCGGUGUGCGCGGUGUGCACCUUGCGCGGACUGGCAACGCUAGACAUUUCAGCUCUGAGCCUGACUGCAUGGAUGGUUGCGUGCGAGAUCCUUUGAAGAAUCAGGAAACCUCUUUGUCAAGUGUGUCAAGACGAAGAAUCACAUAUUCUCCUUCCUUCACGCUGGUGCCAACCUUUGAAUGCUUCAACCUUUGCACUUACUGCCACUCAGACUAG